CUCCUUUCCUUAGCAUAUCAAAACUCUCUCUCUCUCUCUGCGCAAAAUGUCUCAGGUCAAUGAGAAAUCCCCAAAACAUUGUGCUAAAAAAGGAUUCAGCUUCAACAAGUAUCACAAGAAACUCUUUUUUGCUUUCUCUACAUCUCUGCUCACAAUCCUAUCCCUCAUCUUCCUUGUUUGGAUCACUCUACACCCCACAAAACCACAAUUCUCCCUAAAAGACGCUAAUAUCUAUCAACUCAACCUCUCAAGUUCGAACCUGAUCAACUCUACUAUUCGUCUCACUCUCUCAUCCAACAAUCCAAACAAGAAAGUUGGGAUUUACUACGACGUGUUACAAGUAUAUGCAUCUUAUAAGGGUCAAAUAAUAACCCGCGAAGCUUUGCUUCCACCUUUCUAUCAAGGGAAUGAAGAAACGAACCUCUUGAGCGCAUCUUUGGUUGGAAAUCAGUUACCAGUGACUUCAUCCUUCGGUUAUGAAGUUAAACGUGAGCAGAGAAUCGGAAAAUUUGUUUUGACUCUGAAGGUAAUCGGACGGCUUAGAUGGAAGGUCGGAACUUGGGUUUCUGGGAGGUAUAGGUUUAAUGUAAACUGUGUAGCUAUUUUGCCAUUCAAUUCCAUACCAUCAGGCCCCUUGAGCUCUAAGCAAGGGACAGUUUGUUCUACUACUGUUUGAAUACAAUCAACAAAAAGUUUGAACUACUUAAGCAGUAUUGAGUGAUAGGCUUGGAAGUUGGUGUGGAUUGUUGUUCAAAAUAGUACUACUUGCCUUGUCUUUUCUUUUUUCAUGGAAGUAGUUUGUGUAUCAUAUGAUAUGAUUCAAUAUGGUAUUAAAUAUUUAGAAUUCAAUUUUUACUGCUGAAAAAAUUCAACACUUAAACUAGAGUUUAAGCUUAA